AGUGAGAAACACCUGAACCGCCGCCCUGCCUGCGACACCGAGAACUCAAAGAAGAGCCAGCGAGUCCGGUGGCGGCGAGCCAAGCGGGGAGGAAGGGAGGAGUGCCAAAAAAGGAGUUGGCGCAACAAAACAAGAAAGGUCGAGCCGCGUAGGCGAGGGGGCAAGCCAGAGGGGGGAGAAGCACCCCAACGAGAACGACUCCGACCGCAGGAAGAGCGCCAAGACCGAGAAGUCGGAGAAAGAGCGGCGGCGGGAAGCCGAGCGGGGAGGAGGAGGAGGUCGGGACGCGCGUCCGACAGGUGCGGGAAGCAAGUCCGCGCCCGCCCGCCGCCGGGAGAGCGGGGGAGGGCGCCGCCUCGCCACCAUGGAUUUUAAGGCCAACUUGAAGGGGGUCAAGGCCAAGACGGAGGACGAGCGCAAGGCGGCCAGCGGCGCCGCCGCGCAGGUGGACUUCCGCGCCGUGCUGGGGAAGAAGGGUGGCGGUGGCGCAGUUCAGGCGCCCGCCAAGAACAACGCCGCGGAUGACAAGAAGAGCGGCGACGGCGGCGGCGAGAUGGCCAACAACUGCGUGAAGGACGGCGGCGGAAAGACGGCGCCGCCGCGCUUCGCCGAGAAGCUGCGCGACGCCACCGUCCUGGACGGCCAACGGCUGCACCUGCAGUGCCGACUGGACGCCGCCUGCGACGCCGGCGCCAGCUGGACGCUCGACGGCAAACUUGUCAAAGCCUCCAAGUUCAUCGUUCUCCAGAACCAAGGCGGCGUGUGCUCGCUGAGCAUCGACAAGGCGCUGCCCGAGGACGAAGGCGAGUACAAAUGCAAAGUGGAAAACUCGGCGGGCUGCGCCGAAUGCUCCUGCCUGGUGCUGGUGGACGAUCCUCCGGAAAAGUCUGCGGCGGACAAGACCUCCGACAAGAAGACGGCGGCGGCCACCUUGGAGAGUGAAGCUCGAAUCAAGAAGCCCACGGCCAAGACGCCCCCCAAGCAAGCGCUGCCUCCUCACAUCGUUCAGUUCCCGGAGGACAUGAAGAUCCUGGCGGGGGAGAAGGUGGAGAUCCUCUGCAAGUUCUCCGGGGCUCCGCCAAUCAGCUGCACGUGGCUCAAGUUCAGGAAACCGAUCCAGGAGGGGGCGGCGGGGACGUCCAUCCGCAGCACGGACGGCGACAGCCUGCUGACCAUCGCCAGCGGACAGCAGGAGCACUGCGGAUGCUACACCAUCGAGCUGAGGAACCAGUACGGCCUCCGGCAGGCCGCUCUCAACCUCACCAUCGUGGACAAGCCGGACCCGCCCGCCAAGGUCCCGGCCCUGUCCGACGUGAGGCGCUCCGGACUGACGCUGUCCUGGUACGGUCCCACCUACGAUGGCGGCAGCGCCGUCCAGACCUACCACCUGGAGAUGUACAACUCUGUGGACCAGAAGUGGACGCCGCUCGUGUCCUGCAACAGCACAUCCUACAACGUCCAAAAUCUUUUUCCGGAGCGCCAAUAUAAGUUCCGCAUCCGAGCGGAGAACAUCUACGGCAUCAGCGAGCCGAGCGCCGAGUCCGAGGACGUCACCGUGGGCCUGGCGGACGACAACGAGAACCAGGAGGAGGCGGAGGAGGAGGAGGAUGACUCGGAGAAGGAGCCCGACUACAGGCAGGUGACGGUCCGAACCGACGUCAAGGUGAAGGAGCUGUACGACGUGGAGGAGAGGCUGGGAACGGGCAAGUUCGGUCAGGUGUUCAAGCUCGUGGAGAAGGCCACCAAGAAGGUGUGGGCGGGCAAGUUCAUCAAGGCGUACUCGGCCAAGGACAAAGACAACGUCCGGCAAGAGAUCGGCAUCAUGAACAGCCUGCACCAUCCCAAGCUGGUCCAGUGCGUGGACGCCUUCGAGGGAAAGUCGGACAUCGUGGUGGUGCUGGAGAUGAUCUCGGGCGGCGAGCUGUUCGAGCGCAUCAUCGACGAGGACUUUGAGCUGUCGGAGCGCGAGGUGAUCAAGUACAUGCUGCAGAUCGUGGACGGCGUGGGCUUCAUCCACAAGCAGGGCAUCGUGCACCUUGACCUCAAACCGGAGAACAUCAUGUGCGUCAACAAGAUUGGCAGCAAGAUCAAACUCAUCGACUUUGGCCUGGCCAGGCGGCUAGAAAACGCCGGCACCCUCAAAGUUUUGUUCGGAACGCCCGAGUUUGUGGCACCCGAAGUCAUCAACUACGAAGCCAUCGGUUACCCCACCGACAUGUGGAGCAUCGGCGUCAUCUGCUACAUUCUGCUGAGCGGGCUGUCCCCCUUCAUGGGCGACAACGACAACGAGACCUUGGCCAACGUGACUUCGGCCACGUGGGACUUUGAGGACGAGGCCUUUGACGAGAUCUCGGACGACGCCAAGGACUUCAUCACCAGGCUGCUCAAGAAGGACAUGAAGGCGCGCCUGACCUGCCCCCUGUGUCUGGAGCACGCCUGGCUCAAGCAGGACACCAACACCAUGAAGGCCAAGAAGCUGUCCAAGGAGAGGAUGAAAAAGUACAUCCUGAGGAGGAAGUGGCAGAAAACGGGCCACGCCAUCAAAGCCAUCGGCAGACUCUCGUCCAUGGCCAUGAUGGCGGGCGUCCACGCCAAGAGGGGCUCGCCCACUGAAGAGGACAACCGCUUCCUGGAGUGCUUGGAGCUGGAGCAGAAGGCCGAGUGCAAGCCCAGCUUCAGCGCCGUCAUCCAGGACGUGGAGGUGGUGGAGGGCAGCGCCGCGCGCUUCGACUGCAAGAUCGAAGGUUACCCCGACCCCGAGGUGGUGUGGUACAAGGACGAGCAGCCCAUCAAGGAGACCAGGCACUUCCAGAUCGACUACGACGAGGACGGAAACUGCAGCCUGGUCAUUUCUGAGGUGUCGGGAGACGACGACGCCAAGUACACGGUGAAGGCCGUCAACAGUCUGGGGGAGGCCACCUGCACCGCCGAGCUGCUGGUGGAGGUCAUGGCUGGAGAAGGGGAGGAGGAGGAGGAGGAGGAGGAGGAGUGAGCUUCACAGCCGCCGGACUCCGGUGGGGGCGAGGGGGAGGGCGGCUCUGACAGGAAGUGGCGCACAGAGACCAGGACGAGGGUGCCCGCAAAACCACCCAGAUGGAUGGCGUGGACUGGCGGCCACGUUAGCGCCGACGGCAUUCCGGUGACGACCACGUCGCCGUCAUUGGCACUUGUUUCAGGUCCUUUGCGCACAAAGUCGGGCGACCCUUCCGGCCGACCCGCCGGGCCGAGUUAUUGAUCCCAGGCGCUCGGCGUGAAGAGGCGCCCGCCCGCCCGCCCCGGAGCGACACCGUGGACCGGGAUUCCAAAUCGAAAGCCAUCAAAGGCCAUCCCUCCGCCGGCCCCAAAACAGGACGCUGCGGCGAAUCCACAAAGGUCAAGAGGGCGCUCACUUUCUGGGUCACUUUGUCACACCCGUCCGAAAAGGAGUUGCCUGGUCGUGAGUUCCGAGACCUCCGCUCGUCCCCGCCUUACAAACACACACACACUCCGCACACAUUGCUGCACUUUCUUUUGGCACACUCAACACGUCACGUGUGUGUGUGUGUGUGUGUGUGUGUGCGCGCCCUUGCAUACUUCAAAUUUGAUUUCACGCCCAUGUUUGUAUGUUGUGUACUUACAAGGUUUGUCCAAGUCUAUAGCGGGUUGAACACGUACGACAACGGCACAAUUGUACUUCCUCACACGGAACCAAUAAGAGAAUCACCCCCCCCCCCCCCCCCAAAAAAAACCUUGCGCCGGCCUACGCGCCAUCACAACAUCACAAGCACUGACCCACUUUUGACAAGCGCGCCGCCGUGAUGACGAGAAAAACACCUUUUAUUUUGAGAGCGCUAGGAAGGGG